AUGUCGUGCCGAAAUUUACAGUUACGACAGUUGGCAAAGGGGAUUCCCAGUUCCUCACCUCAGUACCGUGCGCCCCACCGCCCCACCUCGGCACCUGCGCGGGGCGCCAUGGCGGCAGCGCGCCCGUCGUGUUGCCUGCGAGCGGCGGUGGGCGUGAAGGUACCCUCUGCUGCGCUGCUCUCCGAUCGCCCACCCUCCCCAGCAUCGCUGCAGCACUUCUCCUGGGAGCUCCUGCCAUCUGCCGCCGACCCCCUUGCUGCCGCUGCCAGCCCCUUCGCGUCCAUCUCUGCUGCAUUCGCACCUCGGAGCGCCCGGCAACCCAACUCUGAAGACGCCGCCGAUGUUGCUGCCGCCACCCGCGGGCUGUGCUUCGCGCGCAUCCAGCCGCCCCGCCCCGCUCCUCCUCGGGGCGGCGGUGGGGCGGCGGGCAAGAAGGUGGAGUACUACUCGGUGCGCCGCGUGCAGGCUGACGGCCGCUGCAUGUUCCGCGCCCUGGUAUCGGGCAUGGCGGCCAACAAGAACAUGGCGCUCUCCCCCGCCGAUGAGACUCGCGAGGCAGACGAGCUGCGGCUGGCGGUGGCGGAUGCGCUGUGCGGCAGUGAGAAGCGCCGCGCCGCAUACGAGGAAGCACUCAUCGCCAUUACCGUGGAGGAGAGCCUCUCAAGGUACUGCCAGCGCAUCACCAGGCCUGACUUCUGGGGGGGAGAGUCGGAGCUGCUGGUGCUGUCGCGCAUGUGUUCGCAGCCCAUCAUUGUGUACAUCCCCGAGUCCAAGGCGCGGCAGGGGGCGCGGUGGGGCGGGGGCGUGGUGCCCAUCGCGGAGUACGGCAGCGAGUUCGGGCGGGCGGCGGGUGCACACGGCAACAAGCCGCGCAAGGCGGUGCGGCUGCUGUACAAUGGCAGCAACCACUACGACCUUCUCCUCUAG